AAUUUUUCUAAUUUCAAAACCCUGACGUCCGACACAUAGCUCUCUGCAAGCUAACUCUAAUCUUCUCCUUUAAUCGAUGGCACUAAAGGCUCAAAACCCUAGAUACCCGGUUUGGAAAUCAACGGGCUGAAUCGGACCCGAGUCCGAUGAGGACUUGGAGGAGCUGGAAUCGGAAGUGAAGAAAAUGACGGAGAAGAUUCUAGAAUACAGAACUGCUAAACCAGAUCAGCUAAAGCUCGCUCUCGAUUCAAUUCUUUCUAGUCAAAGACCCAAUUUGCCCCACAUUGAUGAUGGGUUGGAGUCUGGACCAUCCGCAGAUUCAAAAGAGAUGGAAUUAGAUGAAGAACCAAGGACGGACGAGAAGAUACGGUUAGUCAAAGGCAAAAUUCCGAGCAACAUUUCAGCAAUGCCGGUUGUUUUGGUAAGGAUCAAAGAGUGUAUUUCCAGGAUUGAGAAAGCUAGACUCUUGCAAUGGAAUAAUCAUGCAUCCUGGCUUUAAACAGAGAACAUUGGUUGAAUCAAUGGAGGUGUAUAUGUAGAUUGCGCCCCUUCCCCCAUUGCAGGUAUGGUUAUGGUGUAAUUACUUGAAGAUGUUGGUUUUUAAUGUGAUAAUAUUACAU